UCCAAGAUGUUAGGAGUAUACAUAUUUAGAUGGCUAUGCGAGCUGCUGGAGGUGGUGGUCCUCCAGUACGUUUGUCACGUGUUGGUCUUCAUCACAGUGCUGCUGGGGACCCGCUAUUACCUGGGCUCUCACGCCCAUCCCCUCCCACCUGGCCCUUGGGGGGUCCCUGUCCUGGGAUACCUUCCUUUCCUCAAUAAGGAUAUUCACAUUGCCUUCAUGAACCUUGCCAGGAAGUUCGGUUCCGUAUACCGUCUCAGCUUCGGGAACAAAAUGCUCGUGGUCCUCACCGACCCUAAGAUCAUCCGUGACGCCUUCAAGAGGGAGGAAUUUCACGCACGCCCGUCCAGCGCUCUCUAUGACAUGUUCGACGGCUAUGGUCUGGUCAACACCUCUGGAGUAACCUGGCGGGACCAGAGAAGGUUCCUACACGAGCGCCUCCGAGCCCUUGGCAUGAAGACCACCGGACCAGGUCGUGAGCAGAUGGAAGUCAGGAUUAUGAGUGAGGUGGAGUGUUUGCUGCAGUGUCUGGCCACAGGCAAGGGCAAGGCUAUGGAGGUGGGCGAGCUGCUCUGUAAUGCCUCUACUAAUGUCAUGUGUUCCCUCCUCAUGUCAGUCCGUUUCCGCCCCAACAAUCCCAACUUCCUUCGCUUCAUGGAACUUCAUGAUGAAGGCUUCAAGCUGUUUCUCAAGUGUGACAUCACGAGUUACCUCCCCGUCUGCAAGUAUUUCCCUUCAGUCAAUGAGAACUUCCAGAAACUGAUCCAGAGCCGAGAUGAGUCUGGCGAGAUGAUCCGGAAUAUCAUCAAGGAGAGGCGAGAGACUUUUGACCCCAGCCACACCGGAGACAUCCUUGACUGUUAUCUCCUAGAAGAACACCGAGCCAAGGAGGAAGGAAGAGUCCUAUUUGAAGGAAAAGAUUUUGACCGACAACUGGUACAGGUAAUGGCUGACAUGUUCAGUGCCGGAGAGGAGACGGUCAAGACAUGUUUGUUGUGGGCUCUCGUGUAUUUGCUGCGUCACCCAAAAGUCAUGCACAAGGUUCAGGAUGAGCUGGAUGCUGUGGUGGGCCGCUCUCGCAUGCCAAUUCUCGACGACCAGCAGCACUUGCCCUACACAGAGGCGACCCUGUGUGAGGUCCUUCGUCGCUCCACUGUAGUUCCUCUGGGGACUUCCCACGCAACCACCAGGGAUACUACACUAGGAGGCUACACCAUCCCUAAGGGAGCCACCGUCAUUCCCCUCAUUUAUGCUUGUCAUAUGGAUUCACAGCUGUGGGAAGACCCGGAGAGGUUUGAACCAGCCAGGUUUAUAGAUGCAGAAGGACGAGUGAAGAAACCAGAGCAGUUUAUUCCCUUUGGCGUUGGACGACGUAUGUGUCUCGGUAACGUCCUCGCUCGAAGUGAACUUUUCCUCUUCUUCACUUCCAUCCUUCACGUCUUUAACUUGGCGAAGCCAGAAGAUGAGCCCCUACCCAGCAUGGAAGGAAACCUCGCCACUACUUAUACACCAAAGCCAUUUAAGUUGUCGUUCAUCCCUCGUGAGGUGUCAAAGAUCGGUAACAUUGACAUGCAGUCCCAUGAGCUAAGAACAGCAGGACUUUAAGGGAGGUACUUCCUCCCUAUGACUUCACAACACAACACACACAAAAGGCCCUGGACUCUGUUACCCCCUGACAGUUCCAACACAUCUAGUGACUCCACCUCCGUCUAGCAAUAACCCCCCCCCCCCUCCUCAACGAAAUAUUCGGUGAAGUGGAGUGGAGGAAGCUUGGAGGUUCUGGAGGCCAAGUUAGUGUGGACUGAGAAGUAGCUCAAGUGAAAAUUUUGGUGUGAAAGUCAAGAGGAAGAGUGAGAGAGGUUGUCGAGGCUGGCCCCCCACCCACCCUCCGCCUUAUAAAAGCAGGAAGUCCCACCAAAGACAGCGUGCCGAGUCCCUCCUAAGAUCCGGCGGCUUAUCUGUGAUAUGUUUGUAGUAGUAUAAUAUAGUAGUUUGUUGUGUAAAGUACAUUAGGUUCUUUGUCUCUUUGCUGUAGUAUAGGAUUUUCUUUAAUGGAGUCUCAGGCGUAAAGAUGUUCUUUCAGUUAAUUGAUGGUAAAGUUAUAACCGGGUUAGAUUUCUUUAGCUCGAUAAGUCAGGUGAGUUGAGUCAGUGUCAUGUGACGCACCACGCUUCAAGCUGUGCAUGCACAAAGAGCACACGCUAUUGCUGUGGACAGUAAAUGUAAACUUGUAAAUGAUAAAAAAUUAGUAGUCGAUUGUUAACUAGCCAAGUAAGCCUUAAGUUAAACUGAACGUAAGAGCAGUCUGUCUGUCACUGCUUGUUCCUGCUCAAUACUGUGCUCAAGUAAUUUCUAAGUAGAUUUUAUAUGUGGCCUCACUAGACGGGGCUUGUAAGGAGAAUAGCGUUUCUUAAUUAUUAAAAUAUAGAAUGUU